GUAUUCCUAGAGGUGGAGUCAUAUCUUUCCCAGCAAGCUUUAUAGUCAAUCAACUUUUAGACCUAAUGUCUCGACAGCGUCGUGAUGUCAUCCCCAAAUGCUCUGUACACGCUGCAGAGGAACUACUUUUCUGUGAGUCCUGUGAUUCGGUCUUCUGCGUACAGUGUACCGGAGAGGAGCAUAAUGGACGGGGAGCCAGUGAACAUACCGUCAUUCCAUUCUCAAUAGCGAUUAAACGUAUGUCGGAAAUCUUGCUAUAUAAGGCCCAUUUGUGUAUUAAAAAUCUGAACAAUGCGUUUGACAAUGUUUCCACUGAAGCUCAUCAGCUGGAGAACUCCGUGGAACGAACCAUGGAAAAUAUUAACCGUUCCUUUCAAGAUGUGAUAGCUUUGGUUGAUAAAAGGAGACAAGAUUGCUUAGCCAUGGUGCGAAAAAUUCGUGAGGAGAAAAAAACUAUAUUAAAAGAACAGCUUGAUUUGAUCCAGUCAGAAAAACAAAAAGUUCAAGGUGAGUGUGAUGGAUUGCAGUAUCAGGUUGAAGUGCGUAACAUAACUAAAAAGAUCAGUGACCUAAAUGAAAAACUUGAUUCCACUAGCACGUUGUCUGAGCCACGUGAAAAUAGUUUCAUGCGCUAUGAAUACAAGCACAACUCCGCUUUUAGAGAUAUUUCAAAUGCUUUGAAUAAUCUAGGUCGCGUAAAAGUCAGUACAACAUUCCCAGCACUUUGUUCAGCAAAGAUUGGUAAAGCAAUUACGCAUCUGAAAUCAUGUGUUACCAUAACAACAGUGGAUUACCAUGGAAACCCAAGAGUAAGUGGAUCUGAUCCUGUGAUUGCGGAUCUCAGAAAUGACAAGGGCGAGUUGAUUGACACAAAAAUCAAAGAUAGAAAUGACGGCACUUACGAGAUUCACUAUGUAGCACCAAAAUCCGGCAAUUAUAAAAUGUGUGUAGGUAUAUUUAAUCGACCAAUCAAAGGGAGUCCAUUUUCAAUUAGUGUAACUGACCAUAACAAUCCUGUGAUGAAGUACGGUACAAGAGGUACAAGAGAGGAAGGCUUUAUGCAGCCUCUCCGAGUGGUUUCUGGAGAUUCAGAUGGGAAUGUCUUUAUUCUUGAUACGGGUAACAGUAGGGUGAAGGUCAUAGAUGAAUACGGAGACUUUGUUCGGCAUAUUGGCUCUGAGGGGUUUGAAAAUCAAAGUGGAAUGGGCAUUGAUCUGACAAAAGACAAUCAUGUCGCUGUUGUAAACUGGCGAACAAAACUAGUUACCUUCGUAAACCAGGAAGGAGAAAUCAUGAACAAAUUUACGCAUGACUGUUUUGUAGAACCAAUUGAUAUUGCGGUGAAUUCACGCGAUGAGAUUAUUGUUGCUGAUAUCGGAGCAAGUAAGAUAUUUAUAUUCGACCUGUCAGGAAAGUUGUUGACGACUUUCGGAAACAAAGGGGAAAGGGAGGGACAAUUUAGAAAUAUCUCAGCUGUGACUGUCGGAAAAUGUGAUGAAAUCCUUGUAGCGGAUCAUAGAAUUCAAGUGUUCACAAAGGAUGGAAAAUUUUCCCGCCAAGUUCCAAACCAGUCCAAAGGCGAAUAUGGCGGGAUUGUUGUUGACUCUUCAGGCUAUAUAUUGGCCACUCGUAUUGAAAAAGGUCGGGGCUUUGUGCAAGUAUUGAAUUCAAGUGGAAAAUUGAUGUUUUGCAUAGACAGUUGGGAGGAUAAGUUGAAACGUCCAAGUGGACUGGCUGUAACUAAAGACCAUCAUGUAUAUGUGGCUGACCUUGUCGGAAAUUAUAAACCUGAUUGUGUAAAUAAAAGUUCUCCCAGUAACUAG